AUGAAGUCGUUCCCGCUCCUCCUCGCUGUGGCCGCCUUGGUGGCAGUCUGUGCAAGUGGUUUUGCUGCGUCUCUCGCCGACGUUGGGGCUCGUAACUUGUGCAUCGACUGUCACGUCGGUGACAGCUGGAUCAACUGGACCAGCGAAUGCUCUGAGCUGGCAGGGGAGAAUAUGGCAGGAUUGAGCUGCGCGAAAUUCGACGUCCCCCUCGACUACACCGAGCCGGAAUGCCUGACCACACUGGCCUUGACCCUCGUCAAGAUUGACGCCGUCAAGGAGCCCGUCAAAGGAAGCAUCCUCUUCAAUCCUGGAGGACCAGGUGAAAGCGGUGUCCACGCUGUGAUCUCGCAAGCACAGUCCUUGAUGACUCUCACUGGUGGCUACCACAACAUCAUCGGCUUUGAUCCUCGUAGAGGCGUGAACAAGACGCUGCCUUUCUCCUGCUACAGCUCCGACAGCCUGCGAAAAGCACUGUCCCCUUUUUCGCCUCUAGCAAAUUCCUCGGAUGCUGCAACUGGCCAAAGAUUUGCUGCUUCGGAAAUCACGGCGAUGCAUUGUCUCAACAACACUCAAGGUAUCGGAGGUCUUCUGGGAACAGCGUUCGUUGCGCGCGACAUGGUUCGGAUCAUAGAUGCUCUUGGCGAAGACGGCUUGCUUCGAUAUUAUGGUGUCUCGUGGGGCACUUUGUUGGGAGCCACUUUUGCUGCCAUGUUUCCAGAGAGAGUGGACAAAGUCGUUCUGGACGGCAAUAUCAACGUGCAUGAAUACUAUUCUGGAUGGGAAACCGAAAGUUUCAUCAACAUGGACGACGCUUACGCAGGAGUAUUCUCCGGUUGCGUUGCCGCCGGUAACGGUUGCGUGCUCGCAUCCAACUUUGCAGAUGCGGAGGAGAUGCAGAUGGCUGUCGACCAGUUCCUUGCCAUGCUCAAAUACAACCCUGUCCCAUACUCCUCGGAGCAAGGUUUCCAGAUGGCCACUUACGAUAAGGUCAAAACAGCCAUCCUUCUGGCACUGUACAACCCAUCGCAUUGGCCGUGGCUAGCGCAAGGGUUUGCAGAGAUGUUUUCCGGAAACCUCGCUGGGUUCUUCGACGCGGUUUCGCACUGGUACGAUCCAGAUGAUAACGACGAUCAUGUCGGUGCUGCAAUCACUUGCGGCGACCAAGCAUUCCGCGCUAGGGCACUCUUUGAGCUUGAGCCCCUCUUGACGGCCUUGAGCGAGUCAAGCAAGUUUGGAGGCCUCGACUUUGGCACCGAUAAUGCCUUUGCGUGCUCAACGUGGAAAGAAAAGGCAAAGGAGAUUUACUCUGGCAGCUUCCAGAUCAAGACCAAGAAUCAGAUCCUCCUUGUCGGCAAUACCUAUGACCCUGUCACACCUCUUGCGUCGGCAAGGAACACAAGUGCCGGCUUCGAUGGCAGUGUCGUGUUGCAGCACAAUGGCUACGGGCAUACCUCAGGUGCACAGCCUUCUCUUUGCACUGCAAAUACGAUUCGGGCAUACUUCAAUGAGGGUAUCCUGCCCGCUCCUGGCACUAUUUGCGAGCCAGAUCUCCCAUUAUACGGAUAUAAGAUCUCGUCAGACGCCAGCGGGGGCAAUGGCACGGGGAGGUCGAUCUUCAGCCGACAAGAGGAGGAUGUGGCCCUUCUUGCUGCAGUGGCAAAUCUUGCAGAUGCGAUACUCCCUUAG